GCGACAGCACCUGCGACGGGCCCAGAAAGGAUCCGAAGAACCGCUGCGGCCGCGGCCGCCCCUUUCGAUCGCUUUGAAUUCUGGAAGCAGAAGGGAGUGGCAGGAUGGCUAAAUCGAACCCCGGGAGCCUUUUCAUCGCCAGUUGAUUUCUGGUUCGAAGCCUUGGAUCGAUUGCCUUGCUAUAAGAAACCCUUGAUCCCGAUUCAAUCGCCUCAGAACCUAGAAUCUGCCGGUCCUCGUCUCCCAUGGAGAACCUGCGGUCCGUCCGCUGCAGCGAGAACGAGGAGAUCGGGCUGUACCUCUGGAGAAAGCGGCAGGAGAUGGUCGAGUCCAAUGGCUUGUCGGAGAACCUUGACCAGACGCUGUCCAAAGCCUACCGCAGCAUCUGCGACGCGAAAACCCCAAUCAAGACCUUAAAAGACCUGUCCCAAAUCAAGGGCGUGGGAAAGUGGAUUCUGAGGCUCAUGCAAGGAUUUUUCCAAGAAUCUGUCGCCGAUGUGCCUUCCACGACGAACGAGGCCCACGAAAAGGGGAAGAAAGCGAAGGAACCAAAACGUUAUGUACCAAAGAAGAAUUCAGUUGCAUAUGCCUUGCUGAUUACACUUUACAGGGCAAUGACCAAUGGGAGUAGUUAUAUGAAAAAGCAGGAAUUGAUUGAUGCUGCAGAAGCAAGUGGGCUUUCACGAACUUCAAUUGCACCAGAUAAGAGUAAGCAACCUGGCCAAUUUGGGAUUUCAUCAAGGGAUUGGUAUACCGGAUGGAACUGCAUGAAGAGUUUGAUAUCAAAAGGCCUAGUGGUGAAGUCUAGUUGCCCAGCAAAAUACAUGCUAACACAAGAAGGGCAAGAAGCUGCACGUGAAUGCCUCUUGAGAUCUGGGUCAAUUGAUCUUGAGCCUGCUAAAGCAACUUGUAGAUCUCACAGUGCUCUUGAUGGCCAAAGUGCAUCACCUGUUGACUUGACAUUGCAGUCAGCAAGCGUGAGCUGUCAAACAGAAAUGAUCGACAUUCCAACUGAAUAUGUAGAUAGGUAUAAGCAAGCUGAUUUUUUGGAUUCUGAUCAUGAUUCUGCAAAUCUGGAGAAGUGUUCUUACUCAACAGCAGAGACCUGCAUGCCUAUAGUUUUGGAUAGUAUUGCCAACAUCCCUGUAGGUGAUGCUAGGUGCCGGAAUUCAGUUUAUGCAGAUGCAGCUCAGUCCUCUUUUAAUUUGCGAGCUUGCACUUCAUUUGAUUCUCCUAUGCACAAACCAUCUGCUAAUGAUGCUACAAAAGGAAAUGACAAUGCUAUUGCCAUGCCACCUUAUAGAUCUGGGGAGAAAUUUGAAGAUAUCUAUGAUGUUAUUUUGAUUCUGGAUGAUCGUGAAAACUUUGGGUCCCGUUCAAGAAAAAUUGUUGAUAACAUACACACUCAGUUCAACAUCUUAGUAGAGUUUAGGCGUUUGCCUGUUGGAGAUGGCAUUUGGAUUGCUCGACAUAGAGGGUGUAACAUUGAGUACGUGCUUGAUUUUAUUGUAGAAAGAAAAAGAGUUGAUGAUUUGUGCAGAUCAAUUAGGGAUAACAGAUACAAGGAUCAGAAAUUGAGACUACAGAGAUGUGGACUUCAGAAACUGAUAUAUUUGGUUGAGGGUGAUCAAAAUUGUUUGGAGGCAGCUGAAAGCAUCAAAACAGCAUGUUUUACAACAGAAAUAUUGGAAGGAUUUGAUGUACAAAGGACUAGUGGUUAUGCUGAUACCGUGAGAAGAUAUGGUUAUCUCACAAAAUCAAUUAUCCAAUACUACACCAUGCACUUCAUUGACAAGGCUAUGUGCUCUAGAGUUUGCCCUUCAUAUGAUGAGUUUGUUAAGAAGUGUCAAGAUCUUGAGAAGAUGACCAUUAGUGAUGUAUUUGCUCUCCAACUCAUGCAGGUUCCACAAGUAACAGAAGAGAUAGCUCUUGCAGUUAUAGACUUAUACCCAACUCUGCUGUCACUGGCUCAAGCAUACUCCCAUAUUGAGGGGGACCUUCGUGCUCAGGAGGAAUUGCUGAAGAAUAGGAGUAAAAUUAUUAGUGCAAGUGCCAGCAGGAACAUCUUCAAGCUGAUUUGGGGUCGUUGAUGUGUUUGUCCUCCUGAUGGGUCUUAAUCUUGGUCAGAUGAGCAAGCAAAGUCAACAUCUCAAUUAUGCUAUUUCACAGAUCUCUUUCCACUGUGUAGAGAGGUUCUGGUGCUAUUUGGUUCUUCUGUCAAAGCAUGGCAAGCACUUCCACCUUGCAAUAUUUAGUGGACACUUCCCUCUGGUUUAGUGCCAUGUAUCUUGUGUCAAGAAACCACUCUAUGUACAACAAGGCCUAGCGCCCUAUCGUUUGGAACCAUUCCUAAUUCAGGAAAGUCCUUGAGUGGAAAAACAAGCUUAAAGAUUGAGAGUCAUGCUUGGCUGCCCGUGAUGCAAUGUUCAGUCUUAGGAAUUCAGCCACCCAAUGUAAGAGGAGAGCUACCUGUUAUUGUAAGCACAGUAUUCUGUAGCUACAGACCUUCUCAGUCGAGCAUAUGUGGAUCCAAGAUCCAAGUCUGGAGAGAAAAUGUUACUGGGAGGGAUCCUCAUCCAGCUGUUCUCAGUCUUCUCGCAACAUUUGAAGUCAAGGAGGUUGUUGGUGAUGAACAAAAGUUCAGCUUGCUGAAGCACUUCACUUUGUUAUCUGAAGCUGAGGAAGAUUAGCUUAUGCAUUCCCAACAAAUUAACAGCCGAACAGGUAUGGGAUAUACUAUCAUCAGUAGACUUGGGAGUAUAGUAAAGUGCUGAUUUGAAUGUUAUCGAGAUGAACAGUAUAAUUUAGAUUUGAGAUGGUAGUGACUUCAGUUGGUAUCUUGGGAUAUGAUGAUCAUUUCUCCCAUGUUCUUAUUUCAGCCUAUUAUGUCUACGGUGACUCAUGUUUCUUGCCAAAAACGGAUUUGUUUAGCUCCAGGUAUUCUUAUACUCAAAGAGUCAAUGUUUUCAUUCAUCA